AUGUCUUCCGCGAAUAGAAACGACUUGCCCGGUGAAACAGAGGGGGGUGGAGCUGGGGAAGGUGGGACCGGGGGAGGUGGAUCUGGGGAAAGCGGAUUGCAGCAGGGGGAGGGGAGCGCGCGCGCAGGGUCGGCGGAAGCGCAAGGGGGAGGGAGUGCGCCGUCGCGCGAGGCGGAAGCACAGCAGCAAGGGGAGGGGGGAGGGCGGAAGAAACCGAUGGUUGUGAUUGUGGUGGGCAUGGCAGGCAGUGGCAAGACCACCCUGAUGCAGCGCCUCUAUGCGCACAUGCACGGCAGCAAGAUAGCCCACUACCUCAUCAACCUCGACCCAGCUGUGCCUUCCGUGCCCUACCUCGCCAAUAUUGACAUUCGAGACACGGUGAACUACAAGAACGUGAUGAAGGAGUAUGGGCUGGGACCCAAUGGGGCUAUUUUGACCUCACUCAACCUUUUCACAACCAAGAUUGACGAGGUGAUCAAACUGGUGGAGCGCCGAGCCGACUUGCUCGACUACGUUUUCAUCGACACGCCCGGGCAGAUCGAAAUUUUCACCUGGUCAGCCUCCGGAGCAAUCAUUACCGAAGCCUUCGCCUCCACCUUCCCCACCGCCGUUUGUUUCGUAGUGGACACACCCCGGGCGGCCAACCCCGGCACCUUUAUAAGCAGCAUGCUGUACGCGUGUGGGAUUCUGUACAAGACGCAGUUACCGCUGCUGCUGGCGUUUAACAAGACCGACGUCGCACGGCACGAUUUCGCUGUUGAGUGGAUGCGGGACUUUGAAGCCUUUCAAGCAGCAGUUGACCGAGAUCCUUCCUACGCGGCCUCUCUUUCGCGCUCCCUCUGCCUUGCCUUGGAGGAGUUUUACUGCAACCUGCACGCUGUGGGCGUGUCGGCUGUUACAGGAGGGGGGAUCAAUGAGUUUUUCACUGCUGGCGAGGCGGCCAGAAAAGAGUACAUGGAAGGCUACAGGGUUGACUUGGAGAAGAUGAGAGCGGAGAAGGAGAAGAAAGAGGCGGAGAGGCAGAGUGCGGAGAUGGCCCGGUUUCGCGCGGACUCUGCGGGGGAGAGCGAUGCGUUGGCCAGACGAACUGGGAAGAUGAAAUUGGAUGAUGAUGGGGAAGGGUCCGCCAUUCCCCGCAUCGCGAAUUCGGACCACCAACCCUCCGCCCGCCAUCGCCCCAUCCCUGACUCAAUCUUCCGUUCACCAGCACGAUCUCGUUCCGCGCAUCCCGCCAACUGCGCAUCCCGCACGCGCGUCCCUCCUUGCGCCAACUGCCUUCCGCCUCGUCCCGCUUUUCCUGCCGCGCUACCCGUAACCAGAGCCGUCUUAACGAUCCUUCCUCUCCGUUUUCUAGAAUACGAGGCGGCGAUUUUAUCCCUCUCAAAUCAAAUGAUCAUCGUCCUCCCGAUCCGUUCGGCAUGUUUGUCGAGCCGCUUUCAGCCACGCGUCGCGGCAACUUACCCGCCUUCCGCGGCCGCCGCCAUCCCGAAACGCGAUCGCCUCUCCGUCCAACCUUUCCGCCCAUCGUUCCGCCCAUCUCCCCUGAUCAUGGGACCAGUUACAUCGCGACUUAUUACCCCAUCAGCUAGCUGCUCCGUUAGUAGCUUCUCCAUUAGAUCCAUUAGUAACCUCUCGAGAAUAUUAGACGGGGCCACCAUCAGCAGCUACAGCUUAAAGCCGUCUUUAACCUCCAGUGCUAGCACUCCCAUUCCUUCGUCUGCCCUUUCGCCUGCCUUUUCGCCUGGCCUUUCGCCUGCCCUGUCGUCUUUCCUCUCUGGUCGGCGAUCGUUUGGCAGCAAGAUCAAAGUGAAACCCUACUCCUCACUCAAGCGCCGGUUCAAGCUGCUAGCAAAUGGAGAUUACAAGCGGUGGCGGGCAGGCAAGAGGCAUAACGCCAGCACCAAGACCAAGAAGCAGAGGAGACAGCUGCGGCAGCCAUCAGUGGUCCCUCCAGGGCUAAAACAACCCAUGCGGUACCUGGGCUUUAAGAGGUAG